AUGUCAAGCAACAAAGGGAAAGAUGUAGCAGAAGGUUCGUCAAGAGCUGGUGCUAAUGCUCCUGAUCAGCAAAAUCCACCUCCUUUGAGUCGAUAUGAGUCGCAGAAGAGGCGCGAUUGGAACACUUUUGGUCAGUACUUGAGGAACCAGAGACCCCCAGUUGCAUUAUCACAGUGCAACGCAAAUCAAGUGCUUGAUUUUCUUCGAUACCUCGAUCAAUUUGGCAAGACUAAGGUGCACUUGCAAGGGUGUGUCUUUUUUGGACAACCUGAGCCGCCAGGGCCUUGUACCUGCCCACUUAAGCAAGCCUGGGGGAGCCUUGAUGCACUCAUCGGCCGGCUUAGGGCUGCUUAUGAAGAAAAUGGUGGCUUGCCUGAGACAAACCCUUUUGCAAGCGGUGCUAUUAGAGUAUAUCUACGUGAAGUGAGAGACUCUCAAGCCAAGGCAAGAGGAAUUCCUUAUAAGAAGAAGAAGAAGAAGAGGAAUCCGAUGAAAGCUAACGAUGAGAGCUCAAGCUUUCAUAUGCAGUAA